AUGGAAAAUGGACCCUUCUCCAGUCUAAGCUCAUCCACCGGCAUCCAACAGAGUUCACACCACUACCUACCAUUGUUGAUGACCAACGGCAAAGCCAUGUCAGGAUCUGUCUUCUCGCUCAUAGGAGCCGACCCUGUUGUCACAUCCAGGGAAUCAACCCACGGGGUCAACGGGACAAACGGGACAAAUGGAAUUCGCAAGGAUCCUCGCUUCAUCCCCUCCUCGCCAUCGCCCUCCACAACGACAUCGGCUUCUACUGACGCCAAGACUGCCAACACCGUCACCACUACUAUGUCUACGACACCGUCUGAGCAAGGAGGACAGCGCUCAACACUAUCUCAGCAGGAUACUACUAUGUCGUCUCCAAAACACAAUAUACCCACCGACAAUACAUCGGCAAAAUCCGGCUCCACCACCUCAACUACUGUGCUUGCCACGAAACCUGCCUCGUCUGUCACGCCUUCAACACCCAAAGCAUCAAGCUCAACAAAAAGCGACGCCUCCAACCCCAAGUCUUCGUUCGCAACAGGCGCAGCAAGAACAGCGGCAGGUACAGCGUCAAUAUCAGCGCCUACCGAUCUUACUGAUGGAGCGCUGAGCGAUUUUGAAGGGUCCGAUUUGUCGGAUCUAAGUAGCGCAUCGAGUGCCAGCGGGAGCGAUCACGACUCUGAAGGCGAUAAGGAUGACGGCCAAAAUGGCGAGGACGGUUCAAGUCUGGAUGAGGCUGCAAGCGACGACAGCAAAGUGGACAAGGAUCAAGGCGAUUCCGGAUUAGACGACUCUUCCAACUCGGAUGACUCUGACUCUCAGCCUAUCUUGGCGUCGAAAAAAAGGACUGUUGCCAAGAAGUCUGCCCGCCCACGGAUACAGUCUGACAGCUCUGAUGGCGAACAGGAUCUAGGAAUCUCCAAACGUGGACCAGGUCGGCCACCUAAAGCCAAGAAGCCAGUCAAGUCUAGGAGUCUUCGAUCACCAUCCUCACCUGCCUCUCCGACAUUCGCCUCCCAUACCCAAGCCAAGAAGAAUGGAGGCGUGCCAUCGGAGGGAUCUGCCACAAAAGAGUCUGGCUCACAGACCAACAACGAGACCCAAGCACGGAAAAAGACCAAGCAGCCUGACCUUGCCCAUAUCGACAAGCGCGAUCGUUCAGGACGGACGCAGCUCUUCAAGUAUACUGCGAUGGGCGAUCUGGAGGCAUGCCGCAUGUUGAUUGAAGCAGGAGCACAGGUCAACGAUCGGGAUUAUGCGGAAUGGACGCCGCUGCACGAGGCCUGCGUCACUGGGCACGACAAGGUUGCCGAGCUCCUGAUCCAACACGGCGCGGACGUUAACGCUCGAGGAGGGCAUGCAGAUACCCCACUUCACGAUGCUGCUCAAAAUGGACACGUUGAUGUCGUCAAGCUGUUGCUGUCGCGCGGGGCUAAUGUGUUGGCCAAGAACGCCAAGGGCAUCAUUCCGAUCGAUGUGAGUGAUGACAAGGAGGUGAUGGAUCUCCUUCAACGGCGACAAGCUCUUGUCAAUAUGCUGACGGGGAAGAAUCAAGCCGGCCAGACGAUGCUCCACCGCGCUUGCAGCUCAGGGUCCUACAACAACGUCACGGACUUGCUCAACCAGGGCGCCGACAUUAAUGCACAGGACAAUGCGCAGUGGACGCCUUUGCACGAGGCUGCUCUUGCAGGUCACACCGAGGUGGUCGAGUUAUUAUUGUCGAGGGGAGCUCAACCGAACGCCAAGGGACACGGGAACGACACAGCUUUGCACGAUGCCUCCCAAAACGAGCACGAGGACGUUGUGAAGAUCCUUCUGGAAUAUGGCGCCGAUCCUGAUUUCAAGAACUCGAAGGGAGAGAAGCCAUGCGAUGUUUGCGAGCAUGACGGGAUCUUGGAGCUGCUCAAGACUGGGGCCAGGAACACCAAGAAGGCUGUCAUUCAGGCUGUCGAUUCGCCACUUUUUAGAUCACCCAGUUCGUCUGUCGUACCCCAACCAUCCAAGAGCGGCGCCAACGGAUUUCAGUCUCAGUCGUCUACCAAGGGUCAGGAUAAAUUCAAGAAACAUAAAGAGGGCAGCGCAGAUGUCAACAUGAGCGAUGAUGGACGGAGCGCCAGCGAGGAACGGCCGACCCAGAUGUCCAGAGACGAGCGCAAGAUGCAGCAGCUGUUGUCGACGAUCCGGAUGCAGGAACAGAUGGAGGAGAGGAAAAAGGCCAAGAAGAGGCGGCCGAAGCAGGCAUCGGAGGAUGAAGGUGACGACGAGGAGGAUUCGAAGCCACUUCGUUCUCGCUCAAAGGACACCACCCCAACACCACCGUCGACCUGGAAACACUCUCACACUAGCAACAGCAACAACAACCCGAGCAGUAGCAGCAUUAAUCAGCACGCCAAGUCAUCUCAGGGCAGGUCUUUGACGAGAGUUGGUAAGAACGGUUCAAGAACACGCUCAACUCGGUCUGAGGACAGGAACGACUCUGAUUCUUGUCCCGAUGUGUCGAUACAUUCCAAGCGAUCCUUCCAGAGGUCAACAGGAGAUCGGAUCCGGAUAGACCAUCGCUACAAGGACUCGUCUGGUCGGACACAGUUGCAUCAAUGGGCCGAGGCUGGAGAUAUCGAGAUGGUUGGCAACCUCUUGGAGGGUGGUGCUGAGCGGGAUCCCAAGGACCAUGACGGAUCAACGCCCUUGCACCUGGCCGCCAAGGCAGGCAACACAGAGGUACUUGUCUUGCUUCUCGCCUAUGGAAGCAACGUCAAUGCACAAGAUCAGGAAAAGACAACAGCGCUGCAUGAAGCUGUGCGUUGCCACCACCUAGAGGCUGUCAGGCUGUUGUUGCAGAACAAUGCCGUUGUGACUCUACGCGACUCGAUGAAGCGGACCUGCCUUGACCUGAGUUCUUCCAAGGACUCGGAGAUUCGGACACUGUUGAAGACAUCUCUGGACCAAUCUGAAGCCAAGGCCAAGGAACGGAGCAACAAGCGGCUAUCCCAGUCUAUAGAUUCACGAGGAUCUCCGAAGCUCAAGGAACGCAAGACUCACCGUAGCAGUGACAGCGAUGAACCUACAAAGGCCAAGAAGCGUAGUUCUGGCAGGCGGGAGGGAGACGAAAUGAAGAAGCAGCAUGCCAGGAAUGGAUCUAGCACCGGUCAUCAAAAGUCGAGUAGUAUGACCGCCAUUUCUGUCUCUCACCCUAAGAAGCUGUCCUCCAGCUCCACCGCGCCCACUACGUCGGCGCCCACUCCCACAGCUCCAUGGAAAAACAGCUCUGAUAUGGAAGACGUCGAGACUACGGUGCCUCUCAAGAAGCGACAACCUUCAUCCCAACGGUCGAUCUCUUCGGGAUCUUCGACGCUUCAGCCCACCGAGGAAAAACCUGAGACUCGGACCUCCUCAGGGUCCAGCAAGAAGCGGAGAGAGACCGAUCGUCAUGGUGAUGGAUAUAGCGGCAAGGUCAAGAUCAAGAAGGAGCGCGAGGACGAUGCACAGAUCUUCAGGUCCCCAGGACUGAUGUCAAAACCAGAUGAACUUCGGAGAGUUGCGUCCACACCUUCGUUCUCUAAAGACGGUAUCAACGGCAAGCAAAGCCGGUACGGAUCUGCAAAACCACCGACGUCGUUGUCGACUUCCAGACCCAGUUCAGUAUUUGGGAUGCCAUUGGGAUCUUCGGUUGCUUCGAUCUCGCCGCCUUUGACCGAGACGUCCACAUCGCCACCUCCACCAACAUCCUCAGCCUCGCUUGCAUCCCAGGAUUCAGAGACGCAGCGGAGUCGGAAACGGAGCAGCCAGACCUUUUCCUCGCCGAGUGGCUACCUCAAGUUUCAGGAUGAUCUGAAGCAAGCCACAGCAACGAAGUCGCAGCAUCAACAUCAGCGGCAACGGAGCUCUGUAUCAGUAUCAGCACCGACAUCUGGAUCUCGCCCUGCAGGAGUCGUCGAAACUUCUUCAUUGUCAUCCUCAGCAGCGGCAGUGUCGGCUGAUGUGGAUGUCUCACGGAAAAAGGCCAAGACAUCGACCACCGACUCUAUUUCAGAGCCUAUGAGCAGCAAUCAGCCUGCAGCAGCAACAUUAUUAUCUUCUGCACCUUCAACUGGAACGACGAAAACUAUCGUACCAGAUGCACCAAUGACCCAGGCAGUAGCAGCAGGACCCGCUACCAAUGCAUUAAUCUCAACACCACCUCUCAGCAACUCAUCGACCAAGGAGCGGGCUUUUAGUGUCGCGGAGGAGCCUGUCAAGAAUCUCAAGGUCGAGGAGGCUGUCGAUAUGGUGGUGAAGGCGGAGAGCCCACCCCCUCCGCCACGGUCUGCUCAGGACGCUCAGCGGUAUUUGCCCCUGUACACUGUUCAAUUUUCGAACGAGGCCGACCAAGUGGAUCCAACAGCAUCAGCAAUAGCAGGACCAGGACUGAACGACUCUGAUCCAUCCCAACAGCAUUUUUGUGUGGUGGAUCGGCAGGUUCAAUUGUUGCUUGGGCUGGGGCUGACUGGAUCCGGCUCGCUCUACUCUCGGUAUCCUCACCUUCACCGACGCCUGGUCACUGCGCGGGAGAAGGAUCGUCUCUGGUCACCGCUGUCGUCGAUGGUCUCUGAUCGAUGUGCGGCGGCUGUCAAGCUGAACUACGAGGUGCUGCCGGUGGAGUGCCAGUUCUCGUCAUGGAGCACGGCCACGACGGCGAUGUCGCGGUUGAAGGAACACGAGAAACAAAAGUUCCUGGGAUGCGACCUGUACUUUAUUCGGCUGGACGAAGUCACUGAGCUGAUUCAACGGGACUUUCCGCAGUUGGACGACAGUAUGAUGACAAUCACGUUGGAUAUCGGGUACGAUGAGGAGUUUGAUAUGGAGACAGACGCGGAUCAGGACUUAGAUCUGGAUCUGGACAAGGUCAAGAUGGAGGACGAGGCCUUGAAGACUGUCAAGGAGGAGGUUGUCGAGGAGACUGUCCACUUGUCGACCUCGUCGUCGUCGUCAAUGUCAACCACCACGUCUCUGACUUCGCUGGCUACCUCUGUGUCGUCCUCGUCACUUUCACACCUAGCUUCACAAGGAGAAAGUCUCUCAGCUGCUACGAGUACCUCGUCUGGCGCGAGUGGGUUCAUCCACAAGCUGAGACGUGUCCCAGCCAAGAUGGCGACCAAGGCCAUGUUCAAGGGCCUCCAGCAGCAAUACCAUCGACACCCUUAG